CCGCCCCCCACCCUCCUCUCUGUUCGGGCCCACCCCCUGGAUCUAGCACCGCCUCUUCCGCGUUCUCGGAGGAGCGAUCUGCAGGUUUCCAUGUCAGAGGCUGAUGGAGAACUGAAGAUUGCCAGCUACGCACAAAGGCCAUUGAGACACUUCGUGUAGCUGGAAGACACCAACUUCCUGACAGGAGCUUUAUUUCAUUUGGGAUUUCAAGUUUACACACGGUAUCUUCUCAAAAGUUGGAAAAACCUAUAGUGCAAUUUCUGAUGGCUGCUAUGUGUCUGACACUGUGCCAUGAUCUGUAGGAGAAACAAGUGAACAGGGGACAAUCUCAGCCUUUAGGAACACAGGGGAGCACUCAAGGCCAAAUAAAAUCAGUGCCCUCAUGAAGCUUCUUGCAGGGUGUUUGGGAGCAGAGGAUGGAGCACCAACUACUAGUUAUGCUCAGUAACACCCUCCAUUUGCAUAGCACCUAACUGACUUCCAGAGUCUCUGUAGAAACCUUAACUCAUCUGGAGUUAUCAGGGAGCUGCAAAAGGGUUGGGACUAUCGAGCCGGCUUUUGAUGACCAAGAAGAAUUCCUAGGCCAAGGGAAGCAGUUUCAGAAACAACUCUCCAAGUUCCAUUUCCAAGGAAAGUCUUAACCAUUUGUCCCUUCUGGCGUACCCUCUUUCAUUGAAAUCCAUGCAGAAUAUACCAGAGUCGUGCGCCUGAGUGUCCCCUGUGAAUUAUAAUGCCUCCAGCCCUCUUGCUGCUCCUCUGCUCUGCCUGUCUUUUGGCUGUUUUGCUUGUCCUGGGGCCCUCCAUCAAAGUGUGGACAGGGGAAGGAGAAAGAGCUGAAACCCAAAUCUGUUUCCUCUGCACUGGGCCUGCGGUGCCGAUGAGAAAAUAGAUGCAGACACGGGUUGCCACUGGACUGCAUUCAAGAUCCCCAAAAUGGAUGGAAGAAUGCGCCUAAAUUGAGCUGUCAGGCACUUGGCUGCGUAACCAUGCUUUCUGGAUUGUGGUGUUGAAAGUGCCAUCCUGUGUGCUCUCUCCAGAUGGCUGUCAUGUACUUGCGUCUGAGAACAGUGUAUGGACCUGCAUGAGCACUAAUCAGUCUUCCUAGCAGACUUGCUCUUUCUCUGGUCGUAUGCCGCCAGAUCCUCUGAGAAGAGAGUGGGCCUUUCCCCUCAAUGGGCAAAGAACCAGCUUCCAUUUUAAAAGCUCUCAGAAAAAAAAGAAAGAAAAAAAAAAAAAAACACCAACAACCAAGAGCCUGUGUUUAUUGAAGAGAUGGGCAGUAGCGAACCCCUUCCCAUCGCAGAUGGUGUCAGGAGGAGGAAGAAGAAGCGGAGGGCCCGGGCCACUGACUCCUUGCCAGGAAAAUUUGAAGAUAUGUACAAGCUGACCUCUGAAUUGCUUGGAGAGGGAGCCUAUGCCAAAGUUCAAGGUGCCGUGAGCCUACAGAAUGGCAAAGAGUAUGCCGUCAAAAUCAUCGAGAAACAAGCAGGGCACAGUCGGAGUAGGGUGUUUCGAGAGGUGGAGACACUGUAUCAGUGUCAGGGAAACAAGAACAUUUUGGAGCUGAUUGAGUUCUUUGAAGAUGACACAAGGUUUUACUUGGUCUUUGAGAAAUUGCAAGGAGGUUCCAUCUUAGCCCACAUCCAGAAGCAAAAGCACUUCAAUGAGCGAGAAGCCAGCCGAGUGGUGCGGGACGUUGCUGCUGCCCUUGACUUCCUGCAUACCAAAGGCAUUGCUCAUCGUGAUCUGAAACCAGAAAAUAUAUUGUGUGAAUCUCCAGAAAAGGUGUCUCCAGUGAAAAUCUGUGACUUUGACUUGGGCAGUGGGAUGAAACUGAACAACUCCUGUACCCCCAUAACCACACCAGAGCUGACCACCCCAUGUGGCUCUGCAGAAUACAUGGCCCCUGAGGUAGUGGAGGUCUUCACGGACCAGGCCACAUUCUACGACAAGCGCUGUGACCUGUGGAGCCUGGGCGUGGUCCUCUACAUCAUGCUGAGUGGCUACCCGCCCUUCGUGGGUCACUGCGGGGCUGACUGUGGCUGGGACCGGGGCGAGGUCUGCAGGGUGUGCCAGAACAAGCUGUUUGAAAGCAUCCAGGAAGGCAAGUAUGAGUUUCCUGACAAGGACUGGGCACACAUCUCCAGUGAGGCCAAAGACCUCAUCUCCAAGCUCCUGGUGCGAGAUGCAAAGCAGAGACUUAGCGCCGCCCAAGUUCUGCAGCACCCAUGGGUGCAGGGGCAAGCUCCAGAAAAGGGACUCCCCACGCCGCAAGUCCUCCAGAGGAACAGCAGCACAAUGGACCUGACACUCUUCGCAGCUGAGGCCAUCGCCCUUAACCGCCAGCUAUCUCAGCACGAAGAGAACGAACUAGCAGAGGAGCCAGAGGCACUAGCUGAUGGCCUCUGCUCCAUGAAGCUUUCCCCUCCCUGCAAGUCACGCCUGGCCCGGAGACGGGCCCUGGCCCAGGCAGGCCGUGGUGAAGACAGGAGCCCGCCCACAGCACUCUGAAAUGCUUGUCACACCUUAUAGGCCCUAGGCCUGGCCAGGCAUUGUCCUCUGGAAACCUGUGUGGCUAAAGUCUGCUGAGCAGGCAGCAGCCUCUGCUCUGUGGCUCCAUUCAGGCUUUUUCAUCUACGAAGGCCCUGAAGUUCCCAUCAACCCCCAUUUCCCUAGGGUCCUGGAGGAAAAAGCUUUUUCCAAAGGGGUUGUCUUUGAAAAGGAAAGCAAUCACUUCUCACUUUGCAUAAUUGCCUGCAGCAGGAACAUCUCUUCGCUGGGCUCCACCUGCUCACCCGCCUGCAGAUCUGGGAUCCGGCCUGCUCUCACCGCUGUAGCUGUGGCGGCUGGGAUUGCAGCCUGCAGGGAGAAGCAAGAAGCAUCAGUUGACAGAGGCUGCCGACACGUGCCUCUUCCCUCUCUGCUCUGUCACCCUCCUCUGGCGGUCCUUCCACCUUCCUCUGUCCUCCGGAUGUCCUCUUUGCCCGUCUUCUCCCUUGGCUGAGCGAAGCCAUCCCCUCAAUUCAGGGAAGGGCAAGGAGCCUUCCUCAUUCAGGAAAUCAAAUCAGUCUUCCGGUCUGCAGCACGGAAAAGCACAUAAUCUUUCUUUGCUGUGACCGAAAUGUAUCCCUCGUUUAUCAUCCCCUUUGUUUGUGAUUGCUGCUAAAGUCAGUAGUAUCGUUUUUUUAAAAAAAAAGUUUGGUGUUUUUAACCAUGCUGUUCCAGCAAAGAUGAUACCUUAAACUUCCACUGCAAGCCCAUGAACUUCCCAGAGUGGAACGGCUUGCUCUCCUUUCUGGAAUGUCCAUGCACUUGUGUUUUAAUCAGCAGUUCUCUAUUAUUCUGAUUUUAAGCUGUUCCUGUGAUGAACUUAGAGACAGCAUCGGUGUCUGCUGCUGUGUCCCCAGGUCUUGUGUGGGUGGCACAGAUCUGGGCAGUUAGAUAGAGCUCUGUGCCUAAGGUGAAGCCACACUAGGGUGAAGCCUCACUUCCCUGUUUGAGCAAUGCAGUGCCUGCUGCCCGUGUGCAUGAAGGUACAGCCAUUCAGAUAAGUGGAACUAUUGAGUUACAUAAAGAAAAUAGAUUUGCAUUUGUCAGGCAGACGUUUAUACAACACCACGGUGCUUUUAUACAUUGUGCUUAUUUUAAUAAAACUGAAAUGCUAUGUGUGGCCUA